GUCGCCGCGCCGCGCCUCGCGCGAUUCGCUACCGUUCCCCAUGGACCCCAGUACUCUCGCCGCCAUGGACAAGGACGCGUUGAAGAAGCAGAUCGAGAACAUGAAGUACCAGGCGACGAUGGAGCGCUGGCCGCUGUCCCGGAGCAUCGCAGCGAUGCGCGAGUUCGUGGAGGAGAACGAGAAGAGCGACCCCCUGAUCCACGCGCCGGACAAGAAGAACAACCCCUGGGCGGAGAAGGGGAAGUGCUCCAUCAUGUAAACGUUGGUGACGUCGUCCUCGCCCUCGUCCUCCUCCCCUCCAACCUGCCCACUCCCCUGCCCAACCCGCCACGCCACGCCGCGCCGCCUCUCCGCGCCCUCCGCGGCGUCCUCGGGUCCACCCUCAUCAUGCACUGCACCAUGGCGCCAUGACUUCGGUGCCAUGACCACAGUGCCAUGGCCUCGGUGCCAUGAUCACGGUGCCGUGACCACGGUGCCAUGACCUUGGUACCUUGACCAUGGUGCCAUGACCUCGGUGUCACGACCAUGGUGCCAUGACCACGGUGCACCAUGUACCACAGCGGUCAGCGCGGCGCGGCGCACCGACCAAGUGGUGUGUUCAUAAAACAUGUGCUUAAAAGUCGUUCCAUGCCAACAGUAAUGUUCAAUAUUAUUGUUGUUUCUGAUUAUUAAAAAAAAUACCAAAUUGUUGUCAUGUUAGAGUGACUAAUACUGCAAGAGUUGCAUAAUAAACAAUAAUGCCAUUUUCACCUAUCUUUAUAAGUUAAACAUAAUAUUGUCAUUUGUGCUAAGAUUUAUUCCAUUGUCAAACUUAAGUGUGUAUUUAUGUGUUACUGUGUAAGACAUGACUGGGUGUUCUACACUGGAUGUCAUGAGUGCAGAAGUGAUUCUGAUGAGUGAUUUGUGAACCUGACUGUGAGGCCAUGUCUCGACAUCCUCUGGGACGCAGAGAAUGAGCCCAUUUCUAAACUCUAGUCCAGUGGCGUGUCAGUGAACCAGAAAUAAUUAGUUGCAGUUAUUUAUACUUCUUUGUCCACAUACACGUCCCUGAUUUUGUUUAAUCCAUAAUGUUUGUCAAUUUCCCAAACAUUCCACUUUAGGUGUAUUUGUUGUUGUUUUGUUGAAAGAUGUUAAUGUUUUGUUCUUUUUUUUUUGUUGCUUUGCUUUUGAAAUGGUAAUAGGAAGGUUGCACGCCACUGUUUUGUAUUCAUAGCCAUAAUCUGUAAAAUGAAAUCAGAGUAGAUCAUUUUUGUUACUUAGUGUUGAUAAUGCUAUGUUGCUUAAAAGAUGCUCCACAAGGCGUGGUUCUCCAAUCUAGAAUCAAUGUGGCAUAUUGCAACGGCUCAAUCUAUCAUAAAAUAAAUCAAACUUCUUCUUUAAAACCAUUUUUAGAUCAAUUUUUUUUGUUCUGUAGAUCUAAUGAGUUCAACCAUGUGCUCAAGGCAAUGUAACACCUUGUCCCCUUUCCAAAUUUUAAAAAUUAAGUACUGUAACCCAGUUAUUGAAACAUAUUUGGAUUCUCAACCACUUCUAAACUUUUCAAGGAGGCAAUAAUGUUCAGAAAGGUAAAAGUAAUGAAACUUCAGUCUAGUCAUAUGAUAUUUUCAAUUGUAUGUUGUAAAACAUAGUUUGGGACACGUCUUAAAUUUUAUUUAUCACAUUAAUCAAUAAAAGCUGUGGAGAAAA